AUGUCAGGAAUGGAAGUCGUCAAGGCCGGCGAGGAGGAAUACUCCAUUAAGCCCCAGGCAAAUGUCCCCGCGCUGGACACGAGCACCUGGCCACUGUUGCUCAAGAACUACGACAAACUCCUUGUUCGAACCGGUCACUUCACACCGAUCCCGAACGGUUCAUCUCCCCUCAAGCGAGACAUCAAGUCCUACGUUAGCUCCGGUGUCAUUAAUCUUGACAAGCCCUCCAACCCGUCCUCACAUGAAGUUGUCGCCUGGGUGAAGAGAAUUCUGAGAGUAGAGAAGACUGGUCACUCCGGUACCCUUGACCCCAAGGUCACAGGAUGCCUGAUUGUCUGCGUGGAUCGUGCCACACGACUUGUGAAGAGCCAGCAGAGUGCCGGAAAGGAGUACGUGUGUGUCAUUCGCCUGCACGACAAGGUCCCAGGCGGCGAGACCGAGUUCGCCAGAGCCCUUGAGCUCCUUACUGGUGCUCUGUUCCAGCGACCUCCUCUGAUCUCUGCCGUCAAGAGACAGCUGCGUAUUCGAACAAUUUUUGAGAGCAAGGUCAUCGAGUUCGACAAUGACCGACACCUGGGUGUUUUCUGGGUUAGCUGCGAGGCUGGAACAUACAUCCGAACUCUCUGCGUGCAUAUGGGUCUUCUAUUGGGUGUUGGAGCACACAUGCAGGAGCUGCGUCGUGUUCGAAGUGGUGCCAUGAACGAGACCAAGGAUUUGGUUACUCUACAUGAUGUCCUCGAUGCUCAAUGGCUAUACGACAACAACCGCGACGAGUCGUAUCUGAGGAAGGUCAUCCAACCCUUGGAGACUCUCUUGCUCGGAUAUAAGAGGCUAGUAGUGAAGGACAGCGCGGUGAACGCCGUAUGCUAUGGCGCCAAGCUGAUGUUGCCUGGUCUGCUUCGAUACGAAUCCGGCAUUGAGCUGCACGAGGAGGUUGUGCUCAUGACUACUAAGGGCGAAGCUAUUGCUAUUGGCAUUGCUCAGAUGUCCACGGUGGAGCUCUCUUCCUGCGAUCAUGGCGUUGUCGCCAAAGUCAAGCGCUGCAUCAUGGAGCGAGACCUGUACCCGAGACGCUGGGGACUUGGUCCCCAGGCCACUGAGAAGAAGAAGCUGAAGGCAGAUGGCAAGCUUGACAAGUUUGGCCGGGUAAAUGCCGAGACUCCUGCGAAGUGGAAGGAUUCGUACACCGACUACAGUGCCGCUGCAGAUGCAAGCAACGGUGAGGCUCCUGCCCCCAUCGAGGCCGCCCCUGCCUCAUUGCCUACUGCUGUUGCACCCCCUGUUCUAGCGUCCGCAGAGGAGCCCGCCGAGGAGAAGAAGCGGAAGUCUAAGCAUGACGGAGAGACGCCAGAGGAGCGUGCUGAGAGAAAGCGCAGAAAGAAGGAGAAGAAGGCGAAGAGGGCCUCGAAGGGCGCGGCUGAGGAGGAUGACAGUGACUAA